AGAUAACGCGUCACUAACCAGAACAUCGACAGCUGUCAGUAUCAAAUACGUUUUUUAGUUGUUCACUUGAACGAUGACAAAGCAAAAACACUCUACUAAUGAUGUCACACAUUUUUCACCUGUUCAUCAUCAUAUGAAUUUAUUAUAUCAACAAAUGUCUUUAUUCAUAGACUUAAAACCAACAUUGCAAAAUGAAGCAUUUGCAGCAUUGCUAUGCCGUAUAACCUCACAAAAUCUAAAAAUUCUUGGUAGAAAAUCGCAGACACGAUUAUCAUUUGCUAUACGUCGAUCAUUAUGUACUAAAUGCUUAGUUCCAUUACAAUUGUCGGGCAAAAUAAGGGUGAGGAAACGACGUAUUCGUCUGUCAUGUGUAUUAUGUAAUCACCAAUCGACUAUCUCUUAUCCAAUUAAUAAGUGGCGUGCAAGUUAUUCAGAGUCUGUACUACCAGAUUCUUUUUGCUGUAAUGAAACUAUUGAAAAAUCCAAUAAUGAAUAACCAAAAAAGAUAAAAUCUCCA